AUUUAGUACGCCAUUUAGUGCGCGACGUGGUUGUUGCGUUAUUUACAAAUAGAUUUUAAACGUAUUCGAAUAACCAUUUCGUUUCAAUGAGCAGUCAGUGAUUGAGAAACACAUAUAUGCGAAUGUGUUAGUGAAUACAGUUUAAAGUUCAUAGAGUUUACACUAAUUUAGUACAAAAGUAUCAACAUAAUGUCCACCACCGACGUGCGAAAGAGAAAGCUGGCCAGCGAUGAAAAGUCGUCGCAGUCGAAUCGACGAAAGGGAAGCGGAAGCGGAAGUGCCGGACGUGGCGGUGUGACCAGCGGCUUAAAAUUAUCAUUUCUAUGUUUAAUAAUAUCUGUAGUCCUACUGCUCUUUGUCUUUGGUGUGUAUCACAAGUAUUAUGCUAAAGUCUUAAUUCCAAGUGUGACUAAAUCGACUAAAACCACAAAUUUACCCACUGUUACUGUUCCCUUUCAUGAAUCGCCACACAUGGACACGCGUCUACAUCAACAUACUCCACGCACCACCACAACAACAACGAAACCCUCGACGCCACGUCAUUCCCAUGGACAUGAUGCAGGCUUUGUGUCGGACAAUGCGAGUCCAUAUCUGGCCCGUCUCGCCUCCAAGCUGGGCUACAGCAAGGUCCAAUAUGCAGCGAUCAUUGAUGCCGGCUCCACGGGCAGUCGUGUCCUGGCCUACAAAUUCAAUCGCAGCUUCAUCGACAAUAAACUGGUGCUCUACGAGGAGCUGUUCAAGGAACGCAAACCCGGUCUUAGCUCGUUUGCUGAUAAUCCUGCCGAGGGAGCGCAUUCCAUCAAAUUGCUGUUGGAUGAGGCACGCGCCUUUAUACCCAAGGAGCACUGGUCAUCGACGCCAUUGGUGCUGAAGGCAACCGCUGGAUUGCGUUUGCUGCCACAGAGCAAGGCGGAGAAUCUGCUGAAUGCUGUGAGAGAUCUGUUCGCCAAAUCCGAGUUCAGUGUGGACAUCGAUGCGGUGGAGAUUAUGGACGGCACCGAUGAGGGCAUCUUCAGUUGGUUUACGGUCAACUUUCUGUUGGGCCGUCUGUCCAAAACGAAUCAGGCAGCUGCCUUAGAUUUGGGUGGCGGCAGCACCCAAGUCACCUUCUCGCCCACAGAUCCGGAACAGGUGCCCGUGUACGACAAGUACAUGCAUGAGGUGGUCACAUCCAGCAAAAAGAUCAAUGUGUUUACGCACAGCUAUCUGGGAUUGGGUUUGAUGGCCGCCCGUCAUGCUGUCUUCACCAAGGGCUACAAUGCCGAGGAUACUGUGGUGGAGAGCGUUUGUGUCAAUCCCAUAAUUGCCAAUCGCACCUGGAUCUACGGCAAUGUCAAGUACCAAGUCAGUGGCAAGGAGAAUAGCAAAUCCUCAGCCGAGCAGCCAGUGGUUGACUUUGAUACCUGUCUGGAGCUGGUAAAGAGCAAAGUGAUGCCGUUGGUGAAGCCAAAACCAUUUACACUCAAACAACAUGCGGUAGCCGCGUUCAGUUAUUACUUUGAGCGUGCCAUCGAAUCGGGAUUGGUGGAUCCAACAACUGGUGGCGAGACCACCGUGGAGGCGUACCGCAAAAAGGCGCAGGAAAUCUGUGCCAUACCCAAUGAUGAUCAGCCCUUCAUGUGCUUCGAUUUGACAUUCAUAUCGGUGCUGCUGCGGGAAGGAUUUGGUCUCAACGAUAGCAAGAAAGUUAAGCUUUACAAGAAGAUCGAUGGUCAUGAGAUAUCCUGGGCUUUGGGAUGUGCCUACAAUGUGCUGACCAGCGAUGAGAAAUUCAAUAAUUCCUAGUGCUUCGUUUCUUAGAAGAUUGUAGACGAACAACUUAGCUGAAAUUGUUUCUAGAGUGCCUUAGACGUGCAUCGAAGUAUACUACACACACACACACACAUUUAAUCAGAGCAUUAAUAGAUUUUAUGCGCUAUAAAUUAAUUUCAAUUGUCUUUAAUUGAUGCGAAUUCAUUGAGUUGAAUUGAGACCACACUGUGACUACACUACACUUCACUACACACGUUUCUAGUUUGUAAUUCCAUUUGUAAUUUUGUGUGAUUUGUUUAUUGUAUGUAAUUAAUUCGUCACGAUAUUAUUUUAUUCUAAGUCUUACACUCCAUACUUUCCUAUUGUAUAUAUGUAUCUUACUAUAUAUAUACAGGCAUAUUUAAUUUGUAUAAAUUCUUUUAAAUUAAUAUGUAACUCUGCAAUUGUUUAUUAAUUUAAUCUCUUUUGCAACAUACAUGAAUAUGUUCGUUCCGAAUCUGUUGUCAACUAAAAUAAAAUAUUAGAACUCUAAUAAUUAUAGUUAUCAAUUGAAACUCGUAGUUAUUUUUUAAAUAUUUUAUCCGCAUGCAAUAAUAAAAUAGUGUCUUUAUUAAAUUUCUCUCUAAUAAAAUAAAUUGUACACGCUUUGCUUAUCAAACAUUAGAAUAGGCUAUAUAUGUGUAUGUAUAUUGUUCAUAUACAUAUUCGUUUAUAAUAUUGCUAGUACGAGUUUAUAAAUGCAUAACAAACAAGCAAAAGAAAAAAAGAGUUGAAGAGAAGAAUACAAAAUAAAGAUGUGGACUUUGAA